AUGACGAAUAACGAAGCUGCUUGGAUCAAGCAUGAUAAGGCCUACCCUCUUGAAGUCGGUCCAGCCCCUUUCCCUGAAGCUGGACCUGGAGAAGUCGUUCUUAAAAACCAGGUGAUAGCAUUGAACCCUGUUGAGUGGAACAUUCAGGCGAACAACUUUUUCAUCAAGGACUUCCCCUUCAUCCUCGGUGCUGAUGCCGCAGGCUAUGUUGAGGAAGUAGGCGAAGGAGUAACUCAUGUACAAAAGGGGCAGCGCGUGAUGGGGUAUUGCAUGGGUCUCGGUGUGAACAAACCUUCAUACGGCGCCUUCCAGCGGUACCCGACCCUGUUUGCUUCACUCGUUUCCCCAAUUCCCGAUUCAAUCACUUUGGAGCAGGCAGCUGUGCUGCCUCUGGCCAUUACCACCGCCGCGACGAGCAUGUACCACCAGGACCACCUCGCUCUCCCACUUCCACAGCUGGGAGUCCCGAGAACUCACGAGACAGCCAAAACAAUCUUGAUCUGGGGCGGCGCGUCAUCCGUCGGGAGCGUCGCGAUCCAGCUGGCUGUAGCAUCUGGCCUUGACAUCAUCACGACAGCCUCGAAGCACAACCAUGAGUUCGUUCAGUCUCUUGGCGCCGCUCAGGUCUUUGACUACAAGUCAGCGACAGUGGUUGACGAGAUAGUUGCUGCGCUUUCCGGCAAGAACCUGGUAGGCGUUUACGACUGCAUAUCAGAGCCGGAAUCCAUGGAGCCCCUUGGAGCCAUUCUCGAUCGAACUGGACCCAGCAAGGUCUGCUUCAUUGUGCCUCCAAAGAUAAAUCUCUCCAAGAAUAUACAGUGGACAAUGUCUCUGGCUUUUGAGAUUAUGAACGACAAGGGGAAGCCGGUACUCGACCACGUGUGGGGCAAAUUUGUGCCAAAGGCCAUCGUAAACAAACAACUCAGGCCUAAGCCGGACCCAGUCGUGGUUGGUAAUGGACUUGAGGACAUCCAAGCUGGCAUGGACAAGCAAAAAGCAGGGGUUUCAGCCAAAAAGCUCGUAAUCAGGCUCUAA